CUCUCCCCAGCGCGUGUGCGUGCGUGUGUGUAUGUUAUUAUUAUUAUCGCGCUCUCUGCUCCGCAGGCAGAAUGGCUAGAUUCACCCAGACUGAAGCGAGAAGACAUCAGCAGCAACAGCAUCCUCAGCCUGCCCACGCCAGCCUGCUCUUCACUACUGGACCAGGGGCGGUACCGAACCAAGCAGCGGCACCACUGCUCCUGAUCCCGCACCAGCCCCAGUACGCGCACAUCACCUUCCCCAAGCCCAUGAACGGCACGGAGCCUAUCCACUCCGACAACGGCACCAUGAAAGACCAGGAUGCCAUCAAGCUCUUCAUAGGACAGAUUCCGCGCAACCUGGAGGAGAAGGACCUCAAACCUCUUUUCGAACAGUUUGGAAAGAUCCACGAAUUGACUGUCCUUAAGGACCGCUAUACCGGCAUGCAUAAAGGUUGUGCUUUCCUCACCUACUGUGCUCGUGAAUCAGCCAUCAAAGCCCAGAAUGCGUUGCACGAACAGAAGACUCUACCAGGGAUGACACGGCCUAUUCAGGUGAAGCCUGCUGAUAGUGAGAGUCGAGGAGAGGACAGGAAGUUGUUUGUAGGGAUGCUGAAUAAACAACAGACAGAAGAGGAUGUGUACCGCCUUUUUGAGCCCUAUGGAGUUAUUGAAGAGUGCACAGUAUUAAGAGGCCCUGAUGGAAACAGUAAAGGUUGUGCCUUUGUAAAGUUUUCAACACACACUGAAGCUCAGUCAGCUAUCAGCGGGCUACAUGGAAGCCAGACCAUGCCUGGUGCUUCGUCCAGUUUGGUGGUAAAGUUCGCAGACACCGAUAAAGAGAGAACCAUACGGCGCAUGCAACAGAUGGUCGGCCAGUUUGGCAUCUUCAACCCCACUGUGGCCCUGCCUUUCAGCACCUACAGCAGUACCUACAGUACUUACACAAAUGCGUUGAUGCAGCAGCAGGCAGCGAUUAUGGCUGCAUCUCACGGAGGUUAUUUGGCACCCAGUGUGGCAUUUCCCGCGACACAGAUUCACCAGGUGGGGGCGCUCAACAUGAGUGGUUUGCCACCCACCCCCAUGACGCCUGUUUCAGGUUUGAGCUCUCCACCGGCAAAUCUGGCCCCUUCUGCCGUGCCAAGCAUCGUGACGCCUAUAGUUAACGGAUUCAGCGGAAUUCCUCACCAACACAAUGGUCACCCAGUAGAGGCGGUUUACACCAACGGCCUGCCAACAUACUCCACCCAGAGCCCCACCGCAGCAGAUACACUACAGCAGGCCUUCACUGGUGUCCAGCAGUAUACAGCCAUAUAUCCUGCCACAACACUGACCCCUAUAGGUCAAACACUGCCACAACCAGCUCAAAUCAUCCAGCAACAGCAGCAGAGGGAAGGUCCCGAGGGCUGUAAUCUGUUCAUCUAUCACCUACCACAAGAGUUUGGUGAUAACGAGCUGAUGCAGAUGUUUCUUCCGUUCGGUUCAGUCAUCUCAUCAAAGGUGUUCAUGGACCGAGCUACCAAUCAGAGCAAGUGUUUCGGUUUUGUGAGCUUCGAUAAUCCCGCCAGCGCUCAGGCUGCCAUCCAGGCCAUGAACGGCUUUCAGAUCGGCAUGAAACGCUUGAAAGUGCAGCUGAAACGGCCGAAGGACGCUAGCCGUCCAUACUGACGAAAACCAUUGACGCACAUGUGCACUCUCAGCCAUCAGGAGAGCAGGUUUUGAACAGUUGUAGUCUUGACAUUUUGACGGAUGGAAACUUUUCUUGAAAAAUUGACACGAAAAAGACGAAAUAGAAAAACAACACAAAACACAUGAAGAAGUGAAACAAAGCAACAAAAUCGAACGCAAGGGAGUUUUGAGAAACAUAUCGCAUUUAACUUAAACGUGUUUCCACAGCGAUGAAAGAUGAGUGUAACAAGGGACAGUGAUGACAAAUGUGGAGACGGAGACAAAAACAAGCAAACAAAUGAAACUUUUUUUCUCUUUUGAAAAAUGCCACACAUCGAACACUUUGGAAGAGCAGUGCAUCGCUGGGACUUGUAGAGUUCACAAACGACUGACGUAGAAGCAAAAGAACGAUCCACGCACAUAUCAAAAGAUGCUCUUCUGUGGGAACAGAUUACCAUCAGCCAUAGCUUGUACUUCUGUGGAUUAAUGAGGGUUUAGCAUUCAAGAUCCAAGGUAAAACCGUCAUUUGGACGGAUGUAAUUCUCUUUCUUUCUCUCUCUCUCUCUC